AUGUCCAAAACACCCGUCGACAUAGAUGCCAACGAUCGCAUCCCUACGUAUGAAGAGGCGGUCGCUGGCUCGCCCAAAGGCUCAAGACAGAGAACAGCGUCGAGUAGUGCCUCGUCGAUCCGUCAACAGCGUACGCGACGCAUCUACGAGCUGGUCGUCGAAUCUCUCAUCCCCUGUUUCGCAACUCACGUAUCCAACCUGUGCAACCAUCUCACCAUCAUUGUCGUCCCAGCCGACGUCCUGCGAGAAACAAGAACUCUGACUGCCCAGAACGUGGUCUCUCCCUCCCUACCCAGCCACCAGACCACGGGGGUCGUCAUCACGCUUCCCGGACCGGAGAACCACUCCUCCUUCUGGACGCAACAAGCCGUGGUGGAAGAACUGGAUCUCUUGCUCCGGAGGGAGCUGGCCAACCCGUCCGCGCCCGAGGAGACAGGGUUUGCAAGGCCGGCGGAUGAGAAAUCUCAAUCUCAACCUCAACCUCAACCUCCAUCACGGUCACAGUCACAAUUGCUGCCACAGUUCGAAGUCCAAUCGGCACCAGGAGCUCCAUUACCACCCCGUCCCGCCAAGACGUCGUGGUUCAAACGAGCCUUUGCUCUUCCCGGGCCUGACCACGAUCCCACCGGUGAAACGGGCAAAUGGAAUCUGGGAUGGCGCAGCCCGGGAUUCUCUGAAUCGAGCUUCGGAGACAGUAUUGAUGCCAUGCCGUCGAGACGACGUCAAGGGAGCAGGAGGCUCCUCCAGACCGAUGAGGUGGCCGUGCAAACACGAUUACAUGGUGUGAGUUUUCGGACAGAGAACGAGAUGGGGCUUUGGGAGACGACCACGAUCAAGUGCAUAUGGAUAGAAAUCGAGGUUGGCUUAUAG